AUGAAAUUAUUUUGCAACAAAUUAAGGCAAAUUUAUGCGUCAAGACGACAGGACAGGCCAGGACACUGGCAGGGCCAUGGGCAGCCAAACAAACAAAAGCGAAAACGGAACGGAACGAAACGAAACGUAACGAAACCAACAAACAAACAAACAAUGAAACGAAAACGGAACGAGGCGAAUUCUCCUUCAGCGAAAUCUGAGCAAAGCUUUGUCCCGCAAAGUGCUGCAUGGGGGGAAUCCCCAGCCUCCUUCAAAGUGGAGGCUAACUGGUGGUAGCACCACACACACACACACACACACACACAAAGGCAGCUCCAGCUACAGAUACAGAUACACUCGUAUAUUUUUUAUUUCUCUGCCUCUCGCCGAAUCAAAUGUCAAUAGAGAGUACAUUUCAUUCAGUCGGUUGAUGCCUUUUCCACCUCCUCCCAACUCUGGCUCGUGGCCUUCCCGGCCAGAAACAUCCUCUGCCCUCCGCCUCCGCCCCCUCCUCCUGCCGGUGGCCCCGUCCCGCAUUGUAGCUGUCACAGUGUUUGUUUGCGGAUUUGAAGCUUUUUCCUCUUUGCCAACGCGCUUUUUUUCCACGCUGCCCUUUCAAGGAGUGCUCCGACGAUCAGAGGCCGAAAGUAACCGAGAAGCUGGGAUCAAUACUUAUAAGAGGGCAGGGAUAUAUCGCUUGGAAAUGGAGAAGUUUUCGGAACCCUGCUGUAUCCAUGAUGGGUUAAAGAAA